UUGGCUUUCUGGCUCCGAAUCGGCCAAGGACCCAGCCCCCGCCAAUUCUCCCCCCCCCCGGCUCUGUCCACCAUCUCUCGACUUCCACCAUGACCCUCAGUCCCUCUGCCACCAUGUCGCUCGACGAGGCCGCUGCUGUCGUCCUCGCCUCCUCGCCUGAACCCGAUGUCUUAGCCAAUGCUAUCCGCACCAUCGCCUCUGCUCUGGAUGGAACAUCUGGCGUUGAGCGCAAGCGCCAGCUCACUGCCCAACUGGGUCUGUCGAGCGGACCGAUCGUGGAUCUGCUGGGCCAGUCGGGCUCGCCGGGCUUUCAUGACGACAUCUGCAAGAUCCUUGCGCACUUUCUGGAUGUCAUGAGCACCGACCAGAUCGUCUCACAGUUUGAGGCUCUGUUCCUCACCGGCAUCCAGCAUCCCCAGGCCUCGGUUCGGAUUCUGGUGCUCCAAGCGCUGGAGGUUCUCUUUGACAGAACAGCGGCCGGGGCCCAGGAGCCAUACCUGCCUUCGGUCGAUCUCAUGACCCUGAUUUUGUACUCGCUCGAGUUCUCGGAGCUCCGAGUUGCCUCCAAGAUCGCCGGCUAUCUGGUCAAGAUCUGCGCACAUCCCCAAGGAUCCGAGAGGCUAUUUGGAUGCAUUGCCGAGCCCUUUGAGCAAUUGCUAACGUGCAGCGAGACGAUCAAGUUCCGUGUCUACGACCUGGCCGCACAGCUUUCGGCGGUCUCGUCGGAGGCCUACGAGCGAAUCAACCAGAGCGGGGUCCUGCUCCAGCUCAUCGAGGAGCUGGGCUCGGAUGAUGUUCUGUCGCAGAUGGCCGUGCUGGAACUCUUUACGGCCAUGGCGGGCCAUUCUCUCGUCUUUUUGCGACGAUCGGGUGCGCUCGCACGGCUGGCCUUGGCGGUCCAGGACGGCAAUUUCGAUGACAUUGAUGCUGUGCUGCUCAAGUCGGCCAUCUUGAAGUUUUUCUCGGCAAUUGCUGCGGAGCAGGAGAAUCUUAUCGAGUCGUUCGAGAGCGAAUACCGGCUCCUGGACUCGAUCGAGAAGUAUCUUGACUGCGAUCGCCUUGAGCUGCAGGAAUCGGCAGUGGUCUUUCUUGGCAAUGCGGUGAGCACCGAGGCCGGCAUCCGGCUGCUGGUUGCUCGCCCGUCGCUGCUCGGCAACUUUGCGUACACCGUCAAGCGAUCCAGCGGCUCACUUCGGAUCCAUUGCAUCAAGGCCCUGUCAUGCAUACUUUCGGCGACCGACGAUGCCAGCACCCAUGCUGUUUAUCGAGAAGUGCGGGCCUUGCUCGACAUGGUCAAGACACUGCAGGCCGACCUGCGGAGCGCUUUUGACGAGACACGCAUCCCGGCCUAUGCACUCACAAAAAGCAUUGCCGCCCACCGCUGGGGGCUGGAGGAGCUGAGCCAGCAUCCCGACUUUCUCACGUUCCUGCUUGACAGAUCAAUGGACACCUCCCACAGCGGAAAGGAAUGGCGGUUUGCCAUCGCUCAAACGGUCGUCGCCCACAACGCUGUCCAGACGCUGUUUGAUCCGGCAGUCCUCGGCCAGUUCCGGCAAUACGUCAAGCAGGGGCCAUUUUCAAUGCCACUUGUGCCCCAUGUGGCCUUCGAGUCAGCCUGAGCGGCAGUGCCUCCCGGUGGGUGUCCAACGGCGAUUGGUUCUGCGUCGCUGUCCACCCGUCCCGCCAAGGACAGGAGCAGCCAAAGCAACAAAGUAACAGCUGGCUGCCGAGCAGGAGGCCGGCCGGGAUGGGGUGCGCUGGGUGGUGGUGGGGACAGAUCCGUGCCAGCGGCCGACGAGGACGAGCGGCCCGCACAAGCAGCCCGGACGGCUUCGGACGCCCAAGAGCCAACACGAAACCUCCCAGAGCGA